AUGAUCCCCGCUGUCUCCUCCGCCGCCAAGCGCCCCGACCCGGGCCUGUCUUCUCCUCCUGCUCCCCCCCACCCCGGGGCCGAGUCCCCCGGGCUCCCCUCCCCACCCGCCGGGCGGGCCUCGGCUGCUGGCGCGGCUCGGGCUCUCGCUCUCGCUCGGGCUCUCGAGGAGGAGGCGGCGGCGGCCGAGGGGGCGCCGGCGGCUCAGCUGCUCCUGGCUCUGGGGGCUCGGUGCCCGGGUCCCCCGGCUCAUUCCCCCAAGCCCUGGCCUGGGAAUGAGGGGGGCGGUGGAGGCUCCGCUCCCCAGGGCCUGGGGGGGAGGGGGACCCGGGACAGGCGGGAGGCGGCAGCAGCGGCGGCGGCGGCCGGGGGGCCGUGCGGGCAGCGGACUAGGGAGGGGCGGGCCGGGCCGCUGCCCCUGCCUCCGGGGCGGCUGCUAGGGGCCGGGGCUGCUGCGGGGCGGGCGGACGGCCGGACUGAGCGGCUGGAGCUCCCCCACUCUCCUCCGAGUCCCCCUCACUCCGACACGAGGCUCAGCACUGCCAUUUUACCCAGCGCCGCCACGGCCGCCUGGCAAACUCGGAGCGGAGUGCAGGCCUUGGAACGGACUCUCCUCCGGCAGCGCCGCCACCGACGGCGCCGGGGAAAACCCGGAACGGAGCCGUUCCUCCUCCGGAGCCCGCCCCGCCUCCCUCUUCUGUCCUCUUCCCCUCCCUUCCCCUCCUCGGCCGCACCGAGGGGAGCAGGCGGCGUGAACUUUACCCGCCGAGGCCAAACUGGCCCGGGCCCGUGGCUGCCCGGCUGCGGUGCGCCCGCGGCCCCCGCGCCGCCGGGGCCGGCUCCGCGCCGCCUCCUGGCCUCUCCGGAACACUUUUCUUCUUCCAAGCCCUUGACAAACCCGAAGGAAAGCCCCAGAUCCGGUGUCUGCCCGGAAGGGACAGCGCAGCCUCAGUUUCCUCAUCUGCAAAAUGGGCAGGGAAGAGGAGAAGCCCCUCGGGAGGAGGGCUUAAGGAGGUUUCGAGCCAGAGGCUUCGGGAGAGCCGAGAGGGCAGGGACCGAGGGAGGCCGGCCCGAAGGGGCUCGGUCGGGGCGGGAGGAGGAAGGCGAGGCGAGGCGGGGUGGGGCGGAGCGGAGCGGAGCCGGGGUGAAGGGGUUAGAGAACAGGCGGGCGAGGCGAGGCCUGGGACCAGCACAGCGGGCUCUGCCCCCGCCCGGGGGGAGGGGAGGACUGGGCUGGGCGGGGCUGGGCCGCCGCGCUGGGGGUGGGGCAGGCUCGGAGGUGACGGUUGAAAGAACGUUGGAGCUGGGGGAAGGGAGGAGGGGGAGGGGCGCGCGCUCAGGAAGGGGCGGGAAACCCGCGAGAGCUCGAUCGCGAGCAACGCCCGGAGGAGAUAGCGCGCGAGCUACCGAGCGCGCGGGCGGGCUGGGCCGACUCUGGGAGGGAAAGGGGGAGGAGCCAGGCCAGCCCGCCCCGCCCCCUCCAGACGGAGGAGGUGCCCGGGGCAGCUCACCACCGGCUUCCUCCGCGGAGAAUUGCUGGGGCGGGGCUGUGUCGAGGGGGAAAGAAUCCGCUCCGGGAUUUCCCGCCCCCUUUAAACUCUCUACACUCUUCGAACGCACUCGGACCCUUCCGCCGCCUCCGCCGGGACUCGUUCCGCUUCCCCCACGCUUCACUUCCUUUGAGAGAAAGAUAAAGCGGGGAGAAUCCCUCCAGCCCCGAUCCCCCUGGCCCGUCCACUUUCCGAGGACAGACCACCGUGUCCCUGCUCGGGAGUGCGUCUCCCUCCUCUCCCGGUGCGGGCUUGAGGGACUACUUAACGCGCGGCACGCCGCGUGCCUCCACGCUCGCAGCGAGCGGGAACAACAGGCUCCUGCUGCUGCCCCCUGCCGGCGGGCUCGGCGCGCCCCGCCCUGGGAGCCUCGCGCGCCCCUCCGCCGCCACCGCCGUGCGAGGGUCCGCGUGCGCCUCCGCGGCGACGCUGCGCGACUCACGCCUCGGGAGAGGAGAGCUGGGCGCCGGGCCGGGCCGGGCCGUUCCGCGCCGUGGCUUUGUAACGUUUGGGAGCAACCCCCAAAGUUACCGAUUUCCUGUAAGAAACCCCAAAAGUUGCGUCAGAGGAGCCCCGCGGGGCCAACGUGCUCCCCUGCCGGGGGUGGGGUGUCACGCUCUAAGGCCGCGGCUCAACCCCUCCCCGCCCCCCUGGGUCCAGUGACCUUCCCGAGUCUUAAACAACAGGAAGUGGUAUUUUGGGACUCUGGGAGGGCGGCCACGCUUUCCCCGCUCGGAAAGGCGCUGAGGAAGCCGCCCAGAGCGGCGGCCCCCGCGCGGACGCGGGCUUUCCCCGGGCCCCGGGCCGGCGCGCUCCGCGACUCCCGGGGGCCAUGUGGUCCCGAGUCUUCCGAGAACUUUUCUGGAAGAGUUGGUCCCUGUUCCCCAAUGGGCGCCGGCCGUUCGCCGUCGGAAAGGGCACGAAAGGCCGGGCGGAAAAGAGCCGCGUUGCAACAUCAAGCCACGUUUUCUCGAUUUCGUGAUGUUUUAAAACUCAGGCUGGAACCUCGUGUGCGAGCUGUUCAGGGCAGCGAGAGCUCUGGCUGCCGGAUCACCAAUUUCUCAGAACGAGGGAUGUUCGACCAAAUUGCUGCCAGGCCUCAUAAACAGGCACUAACAGCACUACCAUAA